AGCGCGGCCGCGGCGGUUAUUUGACCGCAUCGGUUGCGUAGGAGUGCGUGCGAACGGCGACGGCGUAGCCUGUGCCAGGCGCAACAUUGCUGGGCAUCCGUACGGCCAACACAGAUGCGGCUCCUCCACCUAACCCUCCUCACAAUAACGCAGGGCGAGACCAGUAGAUUGAGAAGAGGCCUCACGUCCAUCGCGCGGCAGCUCGCGCCGCCGGAAGCUGUGGAGGCCUGCGCGUCGAUUGGAAGAGCAUUAGAAGCAUUGGAGAAUAGACGAGGUCGCAAACAUAGACGAAGGGGCCCGCUCGUGCUCGACUUAUUAUUGCUAAGAGCGUUAGACAAGGACUGCGAGCGAGGUACCAAAAUACAAAUCAAGGACCCGUCGUUCCUGCGGUUCGCGUGGCGCCACGCGUCGGCGGCCUACGGCUACGUGCUCCUGAAGGCCUGCGGGUUGCUACCGGGCGUGCAUAUCCGCAGCUCCAUUCAAAGAUUAGACGAGUUGGGCAUACGGGAGCGGUGCGGAGACGUGGACGUGUUUUUUGAAAAUUUCCGGGACAAGAAGACGUUAGAUGGCACGCCGAAAUGCUAUGUUUGUAGAGAUGGGGACCGCGUCGUGCUAUCAAUCAGAGGCACGGCGGACAUUUUUGAUGCAUUGACCGAUGUUUUGUGUGAAGCGGUGCCGUUUUUGAAUGGGGAAGCUCAUUCUGGUAUGCUGAAGGCCGCAGAUAGAUGUUUAGCAGCGACGGAAGCAUCGAUAUUGGAGGCCCUCGAUUCUGCCCCGAGGAAAUGCGACCUCGUAAUUACCGGGCAUUCCAUGGGCGGCGGCUGCGCCAUCCUGGCGGCGAUGCGGCUCGACGAGCUGCGAAGGAGGCAUGAUGCGAAAGGGCCCGGGUCGAGGCUCGCGGACCGGUUGUAUAAAGGCCAACACCACAUCAGGUGUGUCGCGUUCAGUCCACCACCGGUCGCCACGGUCGCGUGCCGCGCGUCGCGGAGGUGCUCUCUCGCAUCUGUGUGUAGAGGCGAGGACGUCGUGCCGUCUUUAUCGUUGCGAAGCGUGGCGAAUUUACUAAGGAGCUUGGACGUGCUCGACGCCUCGCUGGAGGUUGGUCGAAGGGCGCGGCUCGUCGCGUUAGAUACAGUGAAGACCGACGCCGUCGAUGAAGUCCGAUCGAAGCUGGGGGCGCAAUUAUCAAGGCUGCGCGACGAUUUUCACGGAGACGACCAUCCAGCGCGUUUGGUUGUGCCGGGCGGCCUCGUCCGGCUAGGCCAGGAGCACCACGUCUUUGAUGAUAAACCGCCGGUGAUCCGCGUGCGGGACGCGUCGGUGAGCGACCACACGCUUAUGAGUGUCGACGCGUCCAUCGAAGCACUGGCGGAGCACUAUGUUGUCGACUAGCGUAUUAAGUAUCACAGAC